UUUGAUGUAAAUUGUCAAAACAAGCGCGUUUGACAUUUGACAAAUGGCAUUUACAACCAAACAAAUGAAAAUAAACAAAGCAAACGCGAUUGAGAGUUGAGAAUUGUCUCCUUUCGAUAUUCAAGAAAUAAAAUUUUUACGAGAGAACGGAAUUGAUAUUGAGCUAUUCAGUAGUGGAAUUGGAUAAUAUUUCGAAAAUAAUUAAAAAAAAAAAAAAAAUCCGAAUAACGUUUGCAACACGUCAGUGAAAGUUCGUCGUCAAGACACGUUUCAAAAUUACUGUACAAAUUACUAUUACUAAGUAUACAGAUUGAUUCAAGUAAGUGUGUGCAGCGAGAAAUGAUGUUAUUCAUUUAAUCGUUGGACAUCAUUGAUAUCAAAACCGAAAAUGUUGAAGUCAAAAGUGCAUUCGGGUCAUUUCCAAAAUGAUUUGAAAUGUUUUAUGGGCGAUGACUGCAUGUUACAGAUGCGGAAACACACCAUCCCAACUUUAUAUCGAUUGUGUAUUCGUGUUAUUGCCCGCAAUAUUGAUCAAUGUAACUGUGAUGACUGGGACCUAUCGCAAUUGCCAUCAACCAUCAAAACUGAUUUACUGCAGUUGAACAUGAAACUAUCGAUUGGCUUCACAAAUGAAACGACAUUUAUCCAAUUAUUAACGCCAAAUGUGACACAAUUAUCGUUUCGAUCGUCCGUUGUAACCGACAGAAUGCUCGAAUGUAUCGGAGAACGUUGCAAAUAUUUGCAAGAGCUACGCAUCUUUGACAGCAAAGACAAAAAUAAAAUGUUGGCCAUUUCCACCGAUGGACUGGUAAAAUGUUUAAAAGGUUUGAAGAAUUUGAGAGCCCUACAAAUUGCCGAUUCAGACAAAGUAAACGACAAAAUUGUUGAGCUGAUUGGUCAAUGUUGUUUGCACCUCGAAAGUUUGUGGCUAAAUGACUGCCGAAAUGUGACUGAUAAAUCCAGCGACGCACUAAGAUCAAUGCAAUUGAACGAUCUGAACUUGGCUAACACCGGGAUCACCAACAAAUGGCUGGAGGAACUCUUCGAUUGCACUUUGAUGCAAAGUUUACGGGAUAUUUGCUUGAAAAACUGCAAAGUUUCCAAUGAAGGACUGCGCAACUUGAAUUGGAAACGACUAGAAAAUAUCAACAUAAUCGGAGUUUCGAUACGCGAUUUAUCAUUCAUACCAUCGACGGCGAAUUAUAAAACCCUGAAUUGGUCCGUAUGAAUGAAGCAGUACAUCACAUAAUGCCACAUAAAUUCUAACGAUCGGAACAGUAGACUGAACUACAAUUAAAACCAAUUGUAACACAAUCAUGGAUAAUCACAAACCAGCCGAUAAUCUGGUCAUUGUGAGAUUUUUUUUACUGAUUGACAAAGAAGGAAACAAAACAUAUAGCGUUUGUUACCUGUUAAGUCCCAGUAAUAGAUAGAAUAAGGGAAAACGAUGCGAAAAAAAGCAAUAUUACAUAGAAUUAACAUAACAAAUGUACUGUUUUUUUUUCACAUGAUUAUUCACAUUUUCGGAAAUAUUAUUUGUAUUUGUUGUCGUUAAGACUACUUAGAGUGCUUGUGUUAGUUUCACAUGUCUGAUUUUGUGUUAACACUUUAGUUUUUUUUAAUGUCCUUAUUUACAUCGUCAACGAGAGUUUUUUUUUUCACAUACACUUUUCUUUUUUGAUCCAUGUGGAUGUGGAUUCAAUUUAUUUAGAAAUAAACGUUUUGAAAUGCAAAAUAAA